AUGGCGACCAAAAGACUGAAGGCACAAGCAGGCAACACUCCCUCCUCUAACCUCUCAUCCUCCAAAACGUCCCUGAGGAGAUUCUUCGUGGAGAAACAAGAGAUAGACAUGCGGUCCAAAAUGGCCACGGCUGAAAAAUCCCCCGCGAGCAGCGCUCCUGCCAGCCCUGCUCCCUCAGACAGCUCCACAGAGGGAACAGAUAUAAAAACUAUUCUGACCCAGCUGUCCUCCAAACUGGACCUCGAAGCCAUGUUCUCCAAAAUGGAAAGGAGCUUUGGCGACAAGCUGCAAUCUCUACAUGAGGAGGUAAGCCACAUUGGCAAUAGAGUGCAACUACUGGAAAAGGGGGGGAAACAACAGCCCUGCAAAUACACAACAUGCAAACUCUCCAGCAAACCCAGAAUGAAGCCCUAA